UACGACCCGGAUGUCGUGUCGGGUUGGCUUCAAUUCAGACCCAACCGAAGACGUCCCAAAUGUGACGAUUAAAUUUACUGCAAAACCUUUCUUCUCGAACCUCAAGAAAGCUGGAUUUCCCCAAAACCCUAGUCAUGCACGCUGAUGAGGCGAGAGUCUUGCUAGGGUUUCCUCCUGACACUCGUCCCACUCUAGACCAGGUUAAAGCAGCCUACAAAAGGAAGGUAUGGGAAACUCAUCCUGAUCGUUUUCCGGUUCAUCAAAAACCUCAUGCAGAGUGCAAGUUCAAAUUGAUUUCAGAAGCUUACACUUACUUGCAAUCUGGUAAUUCUCGUCUCUGUACAUUUGGGAAAUUGGAAAGCUAUUUAAGAAUCAUGGUUUGCAAACUACCAUUUGACUAGGUGCAAGACGAGAAGUUUCAGGUGCAGGUAAUUUUAUUGCCUUAAAAAUGUAAGGUAAGUACUCUCUAGUAAUGCCAUGGCACAUUCACUAUCCCAUCAUUUGAAUUUUUUUGUCUGAUCAGCUAUGUAUUCCAAAGUUGAAUGAACUGGAGUUCCAAGGGCACGGGGAGGAAGAAGAAAUCAUGCUGUGAUUGGGAUCCCUUUCCUUUUUAUCAUUCUGGGAACAGUUGCUCUAGGUGGAUCAAAUGCUGCCAGGGCUUACAACAGGCAAAAGAAGGCAUAUCCUUCUCAGAAUCCCUUUCUCCCAUAAUCUUGAGGCACCAGGCUGAUUCGUUGUGGAUCUGGCAUCGUAUAUAGUGUUGUUAAAAUUUUUGUUUGAUAAACAAACAAUGUACAGAAAGCGGAAAAGAGCAUCUUUAAACACAACUCCUCAGGAUGAAAAACGCUUGAAUGAUAUGCUGCAGCUGAGCAGGAGAGAAGGCAACCACAUCCAAAGGGAGAGAAUCUGUCUUUGUUACUGUAGCUGUUUAAUCAGCAACAUGAAUAUUCUUUUUAAGUAAUUCUUAGAAUUACGAGUAACGUGUAUCUGUGCAUUCUCGUUCACUUCGAAGAAAUUUUUAUUAAAC